GCCCUACAAAACCAUGUAAAGUGACGUCAAUUUCGAAUUUACGAUCGAGAUUAACGUCCCCAAUUCGUGUGUCUCACGGCUGUGGCGUGCUCGGCGCAGAGAACAUCAGGGCCGUCGCGUUAUGGCUACGCGCGGUCCUCUCGAAGGAGGAGCGAGAUACGGAUAAUGUUGGUAGGAAGUGUGGCCAAGGCGGCGCGCGUUUGUCGCGAGAGCUUCAACAGCACAGUAUGGAAAGAAGUGGACUUCGAGGCUUCGGAUCGGAUCCACUACACCGGACUUCAAGUUUGUGUGGUUCCUUUUCUUUUCCUCUCUCUGUCUCAUGUUGCUGACUGUGGCAGGCUGCACAGCUUGCAGAGCAGGAUGGAGGACUCCAAUUUCCAAUAUCACCUGUUCCUAAUCAGACGCUGCAAAGACCGGAUUUCUGUUCCAUGCACACAAAGGUUUGAGCAACUCGUCCAAGACACUUACAGAAACGUGGAUAACUCGGCACCGGCAUCGCCAGUGGUAGGAGAGUGGGGACUGUUGACACAAAGCAUUGGUCCACGGGUAUUUGCGUGGGCACGCAUCGUCAGGGUGGGGUCGGCGGGACCGGCAAGGCUGUCGCGCGCGGAUCCGUCGUUGCGAUAUACUCUAGCAGGGGUUCAAAGAGGUGAUUGGGAUGUGCUACGGAUACGGGGAGGUACCGGUCAACCUCUGUUGGUUGGUGUUUUACAGUGAAUCCCGUUUGUCAAGUGAUGAAACUCCUGUGCUCCGAGUAACUCAGAUUCAGCUCCCUUCAGAGAUAUACUGUAUAGACGGUUGCAACAACACCUCUGACGGGAGGCAGCGACAUCGAUAUUGAGCAAUGAGGAGGGGCGAGCUGACAUGUGUCAACCCAAACUGUGUAUAUUCAUAAUAUCUCGCCAUCCGAGAGGAGAGC